AUGGCUAAACCGAGAAACGGAGACGAAAGGCCUGCGACGUCGAAAGCAGCGGCAGCGGCCAGUGAAAUCGCCAAGAGGCACCUCAUAGUGGCACUCACUGACCGUAGUGACCAGCUGGGGCGAAUGUCGCAGGAACGAUGGAAGGUAGUGGAAAUGAAGCUACUGGAAACCCUGUUUACGAAAAUGGACGCAGAGCCGAACGCACCCAUGCCAGCAUUCGUCGGAGCAAUGUGGUUCAAUGGCGUCAAAAUUAAGAAGUGUAAGGAUGGCCCCACGCUCACAUGGCUAAAGGAAGCAGUAAAAACGCUUCAAGGCCUUUGGGAGGGAGCAUCACCAGAAAUUGUUGAUCGCAGCUGCAUUCCCUCCCGACGGCAAAGGUUUUCAUUCCGCGAUUGGUAA